AUGGCCACAUUCGCCCCAUACUACCCUUUCACUAUCUCAGAAUCACCCCUCUACACCUCGCACCUUCCUCACGAUUAUAUGGCUAGCAUUCAAUUCUCCGAUCCCCAAAACUCCUUUUUCGGAAACUCCGACUCGCCAAAAUCAUUCGUCCUGGAUCCUGCCAUUGCGGAUCUGGGUAUCCUAAACGGCUCAAGCCCGGGAAUGUACGCACCAGAAGACUCGUUCCUUCCGGCUCACCAUGAACCCUUCCGCAUCGAUGCAGUCACUCUCGCCCUUCUGAACGAAGCAAACAGGCUGGCGUUUCCCACGAUCAGCUAUAAGCGGUCGACUCCCGCCCCCGUACCCUCCAUGUGGUUCGAUUACACCUUCUCGCCAUCCCAUUCGGACUUGCCACUGGCCGGCGGAACCACGACAGGGGCGCUAGAAACUUACAGUCCCGGUAGCAGCACCUCUCAUGUCAGCAUCGUCCCUAGCUCCCCCGCAAGCUGCACGAACGCCAAACAUCUCCUAGAAGACAGCAGCGGCAGCCUUCUAACCCCGCACGAGAACGGAGCAACAGGGGCUUCAUUCGACGACACUAAAGAACAUGGCACCGCUAACGGAGUUGACGACGACGACGGCUACGAUUCUGAUCCGCCGACUAAGCAUGGAAACCUCUGCUGGUGGGUUGGGUGUGCCAAGGUUUUCGACCGCUCCCGGCAGCUCGCCCAUCACGUUGAGAGACACAUUGAGCGUGAGCCGUGGGCAGGGAACAAUCGGGUUAUCUGUGGGUGGCGCGGCUGCAGCUGGUCCACAAUUCCGGAUGUGAACCGACGAAGGCGGACGCUCAGGGCACAUAUUUUCGGUGUCCAUGUGCAUUACACACCCUACCGGUGCCACUAUUGCGGGAAGGCUCUCACCAAGUACAACCGCGAGAUGCACGAACGGGAGAUGCACGGUUCCGACGGCACCAGGUUGGGAUGGCACAUCAGGGUCCGCAGGGCGGCGUGUAGGAGCAGACCUCUAGACGAACACUCCUGGCUCCUGCAGAGAAUGUUAUGUGUGGCGCUCCUGGUGCCCCGCAUCAACACUCCGCACCACUCCGCACCAACCGCCAUCCCGCAAUACCAACAUCAGCCACCUCCUCAGCCGCUUGAGUUACGGUCCGCUAACGGCGAGGUGCUGCGCGAGCAACACGACGUCCACAACAAGGAGAGCCACCGCCACAAGACUGGCUAA